GGUCACCUCAGGGGUACCUGAGAUGCAUUCACCCCUUUCCUUGCUCCCCACAGACGGUGUGGGAAGAGCAGAGGGCACCGUGCCAGCAGAGCCCGCUGACUCCGAUGGAAUGGACCCCGGAGCCAUCAGCCUGCACCCCGUGGCAUCCAUUAGUGACCUGCAUUGGGCCUCGGCUGGGCACAAGGGCACAGAAGGAAAUGGCCCGACUCCAUCCAGCACCCGGCUGCACCGUGAGCCCUGCAGUCCCCCACACCUGCCCACGCUGCGCCCCGUGCCGCCUCCCACCACCUGCCCCUGCCCCGGGCACCCCUUCUUCCUCGCCCUGCUGGGCUUCCUGGCUCUGGCCAGCCUGGUCCUGGCCACGCUGGCCAUCUACCUGAGCGUGCUGCAGAGCCAGUCGGUGCAGGCGCUGGCCCAGUGGCUGGAAAGCCAGGAGGACGCCAUGCGCCAGCUGCGGGCGGCCAGCAGGCAGCUCUGGGCUCACCUAAAUGCCAGCGACCAGCGCCGCUGAGCCGCCCCACGGAGCAGCCCCGUAUGGAUCGCCCCAUCCCCGGGACGCACAGGGGCAACCCUGGCCUCGCCAAGCACUGCCGGAGAAAGGGAAGGGCUGCGAGGAUGGGCACCCGCCCCAGCAGGAGGCACCCUCCCAUCACUUUAUCAUUACCUCCUGCCAUUGAGGCUUAGGAAGUCUCCACCACGACCACGUUCCCAGGUGCCUGCUGCUGCUCCCCCAGCACACGGCGGUGCCAGGAUGGCCCUGGGAGGCACAGAGCACCGAGGUCGGCCCUGUGGACUGUGCCACGUUUGGGCAGCCAGGGGCCAUAGCAGAUAGCUGGCAUGGCACAGAGUGCGAUGGCACCCUUUGCCUCUCCUGUUAUCCUACUUUUGGUUAAAAAAAUAAAAACGAGGGGGCAGCCCCCAGUGAGGCAGCCCCAGGCAUUAAAUACUCCGCUGUACAUAUGUGCUGUUGGUAGACAAUGUUCUUAGCUGGGCACAAGGCAGCUCUGUCUUGAUGGCAUGAGUCCUCCUGCCAAGUCCUCCUUCCUGUCCCCAUCCUCGUUCCCAUCCUUGUCCCAUCUCUAACUCCAUUCCUGUCCCCUUCAAUGACUCAUCCCUGCCCCAUCCCUGUUGUACCCACAUUUACCCCCAGCUCUGGCACUGUCCCUGUUCUGUCUCUGUCCCCAUUCCUGUCUGCACUCUGUGCCCAGCUCCAUCCUAUUCCUGCCCAUUUCUGUCCCCAUCCCACAGUGCCUCAUCCCUGCCCCACCCCUGUCCCACCCAUGUACCCAUCCCCAUGUCCAGCUGUGUCCCCAACUCCAUCCCACCCCUACCCCAUCCCCAGCUCCAUCCAUGCCCCAUCUCUGUACCCCUAUUUCUCAGCUCUGUCCCCAACCAUUCCACUUCUGUCCCCAUUCCUGUCCCUAUCCCAUUUCUGUCCCCAUCUCAAUUUCUAUUCUGUCUCCAUCUGUUUCAUUUUCGUUCAUGUUCCCAUCCCAUUGUUGUCUCCAUCCCUGUCCCCAUUUUUGUCCCCAUCCCCAUCCUUGUUACACUUUUGUCCCCAUCCCUGUCCCGUCUCUGUCUCCAUCCCUGUCCCAUCUCUGUC